UGGAAUUUUGGAAGGAGAUGUAGCGAAGUACAGUAGUAGAGUAACAUUGUCGCCGCCGCGCCGGCCGGGGGGCGCCGCACCCCCUCUCCCGCCGCCCGGACCCCCUCCUCGAGCGCUGGCUCUGAGGAGGCCCGCGGAGACCCCAGCCCGGCCCGGCCCUCGUUCCCGCCGCCCCCCUCAGGAAGCCAGACUCUAUGGGGCGGGACCCCCGGGGACGCUGACGAGCGGGAGCCAGCCUCGAACCCCGGACCCUCCAGCCAGGGCCGCCCCGGGAGCCCCGCCCGCGGGCGCGCCGCCCUCCGAGCAGCCAUGAGCGAGACAGUUGUGUGUUCGAGCCGGGCCAUGGUGAUGCUAUACGAUGACAGCAGUAAGCAGUGGCUCCCCGCAGGCACGGGUCCCCAGACCUACAGCCGCGUCCAGAUCUACCACAACCCCACGGCCAACUCCUUCCGCGUGGUGGGCCGCAAGAUGCAGCAGGACCAGCAGGUGGUCAUCAACUGUGCCAUCGUCCGAGGUGUGAAGUAUAACCAGGCCACCCCCAGCUUCCACCAGUGGCGCGAUGCCCGCCAGGUCUGGGGCCUCAACUUUGGUAGCAGGGAAGAUGCAGCACAGUUUGCCACUGGCAUGGCCAGUGCCCUGGAGGCCUUGGAAGUCCCAGCAGGUGGGCCUCCUGCCGUCCCAGCACCGCCCCCUUGGUCGGCCCAGAACGGCCCCUCCUCAGAGGAGAUGGAGCAGCAGAAAAGGCCCCAGCUGGGUCAGGUGGAGCACACGGAGCGUCACAUGGAACGCCGGGUGUCCAAUGCAGGAGGCCCACCUGCUCCCCCAGCAGGGGGACCACCUCCCCCUCCAGGGCCUCCCCCUCCUCCUGGUCCCCCCCCACCCCCAGGUCUGCCCCCCUCUGGAGUUUCUGCUGCAGGGCAUGGAGCAGGGGGAGGCCCACCCCCUGCACCCCCUCUUCCUAUGGCACAGGGCCCUAGUGGUGGCGGGUCUGGGGCCCCCGGCCUGGCCGCAGCCAUUGCUGGAGCCAAACUCAGGAAAGUGAGCAGGCAAGAGGAAACAUCAGGGGGGUCCCUGGCCCCUAAAGCUGAGAGUGGCCGAAGCACAGGCGGGGGGCUCAUGGAAGAGAUGAACGCCAUGCUGGCCCGAAGAAGGAAAGCCACACAGGUUGGGGAGAAGCCCUCCAAAGAUGAAUCUGCCAGUCAGGAGGAGCCCGAACCCAGAGUCCCAGCCCAGAGUGAACCUGUGCGAAGACCCUGGGAGAAGAAUAGCACAACCUUGCCAAGGAUAAAGUCAGCAGCUUCCUUGACUACCUCUGAGGCCCAACCCUCAAUGCACAGCUCUGGUGAUGAGUCAGACCUGGAGAGAGUAAAACAGGAGCUUCUGGAAGAGGUGAGGAAGGAGUUGCAGAAAAUGAAAGAGGAAAUUAUUGAAGCCUUUGUCCAAGAACUGAGGAAGCGGAGUUCCCCCUAAGCACAGGAACCCAGAAGACCCUAUUUCUCCUCUCUGCACACACCGCCAGUCGCCCUGCUUUCCCUGCCUAGACUUGACCUGGAAUUGCUGAAAACACGGGAAUGCAUCUUUCCCCAUCCCACUUGGAAAUUUUCAAGGGGGUGUGGCUUCUCCAGCACCACGCCCACACCUCUACUGGCUGCUGAUUGGCUGGGGAGCCUUAGUCCUUUAGUCCCUCCCCCUCUGCCAUCCCCUUGGGGCUGGUUCCUCUGCUGGGGAUGUACCAAGUAACCCCGCAGUAAGGGGGAAGGAAGAAGGGAAUCUGACGUUCCCUUGUUCUAGAUUCACUUUAACGCUUAAUGCCUUUGAUUUUUUUUGUUGUUUUUUUUUAAAGAAAAAGAAAUAUAUAUAUAUAUAUAUAUUUGGGGUUGGGGGGAGGGGAAAUUUUUUUUUUCUUCCUUGGUUUUGAUAAAAUGGGGUGUGGGAAUUUUUAAUGCUAUUGGCCCAAGGUUGCCCUAUCUGGGGCAGCUAUUUAAGGGGAGGUGUUCCACCAGAUUGGGGACUCUCCCAUCUCCUUGCUUCUUUCCCUUUUCUAUGAGGAAUUAUGAUGCUGUAACUUUUUGAAAUCUUUUUUUUAAUUUGGAUAGGGCUCAGGGUCCCGGCCUUUUUUUUUUUUUUUUUUUGUCUCCUGGGGACACUAGGCCAUUUUUUGCCCCCUGAGGAGACUUGGGGGGCCUGGAGGGGAGGAGGCCCCUUGGCUUCUUGAGUACAAACCCUCGCUCAAUAAACCUGCCUUUUUUAUAAGCUGA